AUGGCCGAGUGGUCUAAGGCGCCAGACUCAAGUUCUGGUUUUCGAAAGAGGGCGUGGGUUCAAAUCUCACUUCUGACAUUCCAUUGUUUUUAUUUCCUUUACGUACUUGGGUAUGUGUUCGAACCAAGGCCCAAGACAAGAGGAUGA